GGGCCACGCACUCCAGCCAACCUCGGGAGAAAAUGUCUGGAAUUCCGUUUCCGCUUUAGGGAGUGGACAGCGAUUUUCCCUUGGGUUUUUUUUUCUUUACUUUGACUUUCUAACAAACUUUCAUUUCCACGUCAACUCGGACAGUUUUGAAUUAACUGUCCCGGAUUUAGUUGUCGUUUCGGCCAUGGCUUCUUCGCCUCAGAAGUCCCCUUCGUCUCCUAAGUCUCCGACGCCCAAAUCUCCGUCUUCCAGAAAGAAAGAUGACUCUUUCCUUGGGAAACUUGGUGGAACUUUGGUAAGGAGGAAAAAAGCCAAAGAAGUGUCUGAGCUUCAGGAGGAGGGGAUAAAUGCCAUCAACCUUCCUCUCAGCCCUUCACACUAUGAGCUGGACCCUGAGGACACCAUGCUCGAGGAGAACGAGGUGCGCACCAUGGUGGACCCAAACUCCAAGAAUGACCGCAAACUGCAGGAGCUCAUGAAGGUGUUGAUCGACUGGAUAAAUGACGUUCUGGUGGGCGAGAGGAUCAUUGUUAAAGAUCUGGCUGAGGAUCUGUAUGAUGGUCAAGUUCUGCAGAAGCUGUUUGAAAAGCUUGAAGGCGAGAAACUGAACGUGGCAGAGGUGACCCAAUCAGAGAUCGCCCAGAAGCAGAAGCUGCAGACCGUUUUAGAGCGGAUCAACGAGUCUCUCAAACUCUCCACCAGAAACAUCCGCUGGAAUGUUGACUCGGUUCAUGCUAAGAGCAUAGUUGCCAUCCUGCACCUGCUGGUGGCGCUGUCACAACACUUCAGAGCACCGAUCAGAUUGCCGGACCACGUCUCGAUUCAAGUAGUCGUCGUCCAGGUUGGUGAACGUUCUUUUUUUUUUUAUCUGCUGCUUAUAAAAAUAAUCAGGCAUGUUCCCCUUAAUUCGGCACGAGCACCAGGUUUUACUGAGCAGUAUUUGUGUAUUAUGGCCUUCUCCGGCAGACAUGAGCGUGAUGCUUUCGACACCCUGUUUGACCACGCCCCUGAUAAGCUGAGUGUUGUGAAGAAGACACUGAUCACAUUUGUGAACAAACACCUGAACAAGCUCAACCUGGAGGUGUCUGAACUGGACACGCAGUUUGCAGAUGGUGUUUAUCUGGUGCUGCUGAUGGGGCUGCUGGAAGGAUACUUUGUGCCGCUCUACAACUUCUUUCUCACACCAGAGAAUUUUGACCAAAAGGUUCACAAUGUGUCCUUCUCCUUUGAGCUGAUGCAGGAUGGAGGUUUGGAGAGACCAAAGCCCCGACCUGAGGAUAUUGUGAACUGUGACCUCAAAUCAACCCUGCGCGUCCUCUAUAACCUCUUCUCCAGGUACAGAAACGUAGACUGAGCGUGACGUGCAUCAGCAGGGAACACUAUAUAACAUGGACCACGUUCUGAAGCUUAAUACCUUUUUCCUUGUAUUGCUAUGAAAAACUAUUUUUAACUCGGUGCAUGCUUCACAUUUUGCUUGUUGGAUAGUAAAUCAAACACAAGUCUGUCUUGUUUAUUUUUGAAAUUUCUGACUCUACAAUAUGAAUUGAACAUUGAGCUAAAUAACAGCCGUUGUCGGUGUUUGAUUACGACACAGAGGGAAUCCUGUGAGGCGGAUUUGUACGUUUUUAAUUCAGAAAAUAAAAUGUUUAAUUGUAUUUAUUGUACAUUUUGAUACACUGCUUGGUUUUCCAGUUUUUACUUUCGUUAUUUCAUUCAUAUUCCUUUUUAUGAAAUGUGGAAAGUGCCUUUAUUUAAACAUGCGACCACUGUCAGCUCUUAAUACUGUGCUAACCAGCUACGCAGUGGUCUUAAUGCUCCAGAUUUCCUUCCAAACCAUUUUGACCAAAGCUCUGGUUUGCUCAGCAGCUGCUCGCUUUACUGUAUUUUAUAUUGUUAAAUUUAUCUUAGUAUAAAUUGCAUAUGCAUUAAUCACACUUUUUAAGUUUUCACAUCUUUCUAUAAGACCAGUUAAAUUUGACUGAAUAUAUUAAAUAUAUGUUGUAUUCUACUUUCAAGCCAAUGUCACAUCUGUGCAGACACGCUCUCUAUAAUGCAUCUGUUUAUGUUUUUAGUGCAUUCAAUUCAAUAAAUACUUCAAUCCCUAAA